CCCCGGACCCCCGGACCUCCAACCCCGGACCCGAGCGGGGACGGCCAGAGCUCAUCAUGGCGGACGUGCCAGCCCUCCUCCUCCUCCUCCUGUCCCUCUGUGCCACGUCGGGGGGGAAUCCCCACGGCGCCCACUGGAAGCCCACGUGGCCGGCCUACCGCCUACCAGUCGUCUUACCCCGGGCCACCCUCGACUUGGCCCAGCCGGACUUCGAGGCCGAAGCCAGGCUGGAGGUAGCGUCGCCCUGCGGGCCCCAGUGCCACAAACGCGCCCCGCUGCCCACCUACGAAGAGGCCAAGGGCUACCUGUCGUAUGAGACGCUGUAUGCCAACGGCAGCCGCACGGAGACCGAGGUGGGCAUCUACGUGGUGAGCGGCGGAGACGGCGGCGGAGGGGAGGCCCGGCCCCGGGCCAAGCGGCAGAUCUACGGCUACGACAGUCGGUUCAGCAUCUUCGGCAAGGACUUCCUGCUCAACUACCCCUUCUCGACAUCGGUCAAGCUGUCCACGGGCUGCACGGGCACCCUGGUGUCCGAGAAGCACGUCCUCACGGCGGCCCACUGCGUCCACGACGGGAAGAGCUACGUCAAGGGGGCCCGGAAGCUGAGGGUCGGCUUCCUGCGCUCCAAGCUGAAGGACGGCAGCCAGGGAGCCAACGUCUCGCUCUCGGCCAUCCCCGAGCGGGCCAAGUUCCAGUGGAUCCGGGUGAAAAGGACGCACGUCCCCAAGGGCUGGAUCCAAGGCAACGCCAACGACAUCGGGAUGGAUUACGACUACGCCCUGCUCGAGCUCAAGAAGCCCCACAAGAGGAAAUUCAUGAAGAUCGGGGUGAGCCCCCCCGCCCGCCGGCUCCCGGGAGGCAGGAUCCACUUCUCCGGCUACGACAACGACCGGCCGGGGAACCUGGUGUAUCGCUUCUGCGACGUCCAGGAUGAAACCUACGACCUCCUGUACCAACGGUGCGACGCCCAGCCCGGGGCCAGCGGGUCGGGGGUUUACGUCCGGAUGUGGAAGAGUCGGCAGCACCAGUGGGAGCGGAAGAUCAUCGGGAUCUUUUCGGGACACCAGUGGGUGGAUGUGAGCGGGUCUCCGCAGGAUUUCAACGUGGCCGUCCGCAUCACCCCGCUCAAAUACGCCCAGAUCUGUUUUUGGAUUAAAGGAAACUAUCUGGAUUGCAGGGAGGGGUGAACGCAGAGGGUUUCCCCCGCCACGCACCGUAGCAGCACUUAACGGCCUUCACUUCAGAUUCCAGGGGAAGCCCGACAUUAGUCGGGCGGUUGUGUGACUUUUUGCGGCGUGUGUUUGAACGUGUGUGUCUGAGCGGGUGGUGUUGUCUGGGUCUCUCCCGGGGUUGCCCCAGGAUCUUGGAGGAGCAGGCUGACGGCAACCCGCUCCGCGGUUAGCGUCGUGCCUUCUUACGUCCCUCGCUCGUCUCUCUAAUAACUAUUAUGGACCUCUUGUCCACGUGUGUGCACGUGUGCAAUGUGUGUGUGAGUGUGUGCCUGCAGCGCGUUUUAUAAUCAUUUUAAUUUCUAAAAUUGCAAGAUGGCCCGUUUCAUCAUCUGGAAAAAGACCGUAUCACAUCAUCUGAGCACCGGGAUCGGAAGCCGAGGCGGGCUAAGUCUGCCGCGCUGAAUCCGGAAAUCGCAUCUGGCAGACCUCGAGGGGAAGUUUUUCUUUCCGAUGGCAUCGAUGAUUCUGAGUUUCCAGGUGGCCUGUGGGCAAACACUACCCCUUCCAAAGCACCACUACCAAUGGGCUUGGACUCCACAAGCUCCAGGCCCUACCAAUGUGCUGGACUACCUUUAAAACUCCCUCCCGGCCUGGAGAGGUUAAUUCUCAGCCUGUGACUGGUGCUUGAUUAUUUUUUUUCCCCAAACACUCUGUCGGUUGCCCUUUCCCACACACACUCUGCCUCCUCCAGGAGGAUUCUAGGAGUCAGGUGGGACAACACGGGAGGAGAAACCUGAGUUCUGCCCUUAUUUUUUACAACUUAGAGGACACGUAGCCAACCCCGUUAAUAUGCUGACUCUCCAUAUCACUUUCUACCGGGAACAGAAACAUUCUUAUGAAGCCACCGAGACUGGCCUUCAUGGCCUUUUCGAGGUGUGUUCCUGAGUACCAAGAAAAAAUGCUCUAAACUUUGGGGGCGGGAGGUGCAAGUUGGUCUCAUGAUUCUUUAUUUUUCCUCCUCUUACAUUUUGACCGACGUUUUGGUGUACACCCGAUGGUUAAAAGUUUCUUCCCUCCAGCAUUCCCAACUCUUUUGGUGGCCGCCUACACUUCAUCCAUUUUCCUCUCACUAGCUUCAGAAGCCAGAGAUCAGGAUAUAGUGGCACUAUUUUGGUCCCAGGCUUGUCUAGAGGAAUGACAAGUCAAAUGUGUUGUAAACAAUAUUUGUGUCCACCCAAAUUUAGAAUCUCUAUGUCUGGAGACAAGUAUCUGAUUUUUCUUAGCAUUUAGAAUGGUUGCUUUCCCCAAGUCCACUGCCCAGUGUUCUUGGAAAGUUCUCAGAAAAAAAAAAUCACUGCCAGUGGUUUUUGCUGGCUUUAAAUCACACCAAGAAAGGCAAAGCCACACAUGCAUUUAACCCCAGUGAGGUAGGAUAAGCCACACAUGAGUCUACCCUGAGAGUGAAUUGGCCAGACACCAUUCCCAGCCUAUAGAAUUCCAGGAUUUUUCCCCGGCAGCAGUCUAAGCUUUGCUGGAAUCCCCUUGCCACGCUGUUGAACACAGGUGUCUGUGUCAGAGCGGGAAAGUAAAAUGAUGGAGGGGUGUAGCCUACAAAAUGUGGAAUAAGUUUCUGUCUCUUUUGUAUCCAGGGCUGCGGAACCGGGGCUCGCUCAAUCAUUCAUUCAACCGUAUUUAUUGAGCGCUUACUGUGUGCAGAGCAUAUUGUUCAUAACGGGUGCCUUCUUCAGCCCUGAAGCAUAGAGUCAUGUCAGGUUGGAAGAUUUUGAAUAUCAGACGGACAGACUGAUCAUUGGAGUGGAAGGGGCACACUGACGUGGUUGUACUGUUGAACCAAAAUGUAACAGCUGCUGCCUCGCCUGGGCUGUAGGAAAAAAAAUAAAAUGCUUCACUGAAUCAGUUCCCAUUUCUUGUCUUGCCCUACUGAUUUUGGUUGUUUUGGGGUUUUUUUUUUUGUAACUGUGGAAAAAUAAAUCUGAUUGUACCUGAAAAUCAGAAAAGCCCUCUGCUCUAGUUCUGGAAGAUUCCUUUGGCCUUGGCCAAGAGUGGCCCAAGGCCUGCUUCCAGGUGCAGUGUUUUUAAAUUUUUUAGAAAGUUAAAUUAACGGGAGGCAUUGGAGGUGAGUGAUGGCCACUGGGCAGGUGAGAACUUUUACAAACGCGAAUCAUCCCGGUGUGUCACGGGAGUUUGGUGACUUGUUUCAUACUUACCUGUCACUGGUUGUCAACACGAGCACUUCUUCUUGAAUGUAUCCCGGAGGGAAAAGAAAAUGGUAGCAUCGAAUGCAAGCAGACAAUGGACAUUUCCCAUACUUGCACCUUGGGUUGAACUGUCAACCGAUUUUUAUUGUUACUUGUUCGUGAGGACAUUCAAAUACAGCACUGUUGCAUUAAG